AGUUCGACAAACAACGUGACGGCCGACGCACGCGUUCAAUAUACUCCAGAAAAAAUACUAGUAUCUCACACGUGGCCACAAAAUGAGUAACAGAUAAUAUAUUAGUGGUAUUUUGUGUUUUGUUUUUAAUAAAAAUGGAAGGUCCAAGUGAUAAAACAGCCAGUGAUAGGAGUGAAAAGGCAAAUGAAGUAUUUUUUGAAGACGCUUUUGAAGUUGUUGGACAUGGCCGCUUCAACUACAUAGUCCUGCUGACCAGCGGUCUGAUAAUGCUGAACGUGUCGAUGGAGUCUGUGGGUAUGAGUUACGCCAUCACUGCGGCCGAGUGUGAGCUCAACCUGACUAGUGAGCACAAGGGGCUAGUAAAUGCUGCCGCUUUUAUUGGUAUUAUAAGCACGUCCUUUUUAUGGGGCUACUUCGGAGACCGUCUCGGGAGACGAGCAGUCAUGUUACCAGCUUUGAUUGCGUCUGCCGUCUUCUCUGUGGCGUCAUCCUUCGCUGUUGAUGUUUGGAUGUUAAUGCUUUUGAGGAUGCUCACUGGAUGCCUCGUAUCAGCAUCCAGUGCAACAGUGUACGCGUAUUUAGGGGAAAUGCAUAUGAAUUCGAGACGAGCGUCCGCCAUCGCUUGGGGGUCUGUCUUCAUCUCAUUCUCAUUUAUCACCCUACCAGGUCUAGCCUGGCUAAUAAUACCAGGGAAAUGGUCCUUCACUCUAUUCAACUUCACCGUGGUACCUUGGCGGGUGUUCGUAUGGUCUUGGUGUGCGCCUGGUCUAGUGGCCGCUUUACUUUUGCUGUUUCUGCCUGAGAGUCCUCGGUAUUUGCUCGCGGUGAAGGGACCUGAUGCCGCCUUGCCUGUGCUGGCGAGGAUGUACGCGUGGAACCAUGGCUCCUCUGUUGAUAAGUUUCCAGUGGAGAAAAUAGUCCUCACGAACAUGGACAGCGAGAAGCCGACUGGCUUCACUGGUGCAAUAAAGAACAUAGGACUGAUGUUCCGUCCGCCGUUGCUUAGAUGUGUCUUCAUAUCGCAUAUAUCUAUGUUUUCUGUAUUUAUGUUGUCCAGUGGAUUGUACGUUUGGGUACCGGAGUUACUGAACAAUAUUCUGAAGAACACAAGUGAGAAAAGUGUUACGAUUUGUGAAAUCAUCGAAGAGAAAAUUAAAAAGACUGAAGUGACAUCUUGCUCGUCCGAGGUUUCAGUGGGCGUGUUCCCCGUCUCCAUGGCUAUGGGAGCAGUUUUUGCUCUCACAUAUCUUGCCAUUGGGAUGUUCAUCAAUAAGAUUGGCAAAAAGAGGCUGUAUUGUGGAAUCAUGAUCAUAUGCGGCGCAGCAACAGUGGGAGCCGCUUUAGUCCCUCAAGGUGGUGCCGCCACAGCUUUGCUCAUCCUGGCAUUGUGCUCUGGAUGUGCAGCCUCCAUACUUCCUGCGAUUGCUGUCGAUGUCUUCCCUACUUGUCUCAGAGCCAUGGCCAUGUGUGUGAUGUAUAUGGUUGGUCGGACAGGCGCUGCCGUGGGCUCCUACCUUCUUGGAGCCACCAUGAAUACCCACUGCUUGGCAGCCUUUAUCAUAUUUGGCUCAAUUUCUAUGGGAUCAACAUUAUUAAUGAUAUUCUGGCCAAAACCAGAAGGAGUGAGAGAAAAAAUGGAGCUGAAAGGGUUAACAUAUUAACAGUGUUACUAUAUCGAAUAUGACUUAAAGAUAAUCCGGUCGAGAGGCUGAAAAUCUCAAGUGACUAAUUAUAAAUUAAUAAUAUAUUACAUUAUUUUGUCGGACCCUUUCUACUUUGAGCAAAUAUACAAAGACAGCACGAUCGGGAGUCCGCUGCGUGACGCAAGUCAAACAUUGUGUUAAGUCUGUUCCUUUCGCACAUCUUAUGUGCGCAAAAGAUAACGGAGUCGCACAUUUUCGUUGAAUUUGAGGUGUGUGACUGAAAUAGCAUUCGCAAUGUAUCACACAGAUAACAUGCAGUAGGUAAAUCGGCUUUUUAUAUAAACUAUAGUCGGAUAAAAGUAAAUUAAGGACAUAAUCUGUAAGUAUUUUUCUAAUGUCCAAAACUACAUCAAUAAAUGGUGCAACAUGUUGAGUGGGAACACAUGCUAAACGUCAAGACUGACUUUAUGAAUUAUUACAAUGGUUUUUUGUAUGUGAUUAAUUUUAUUAUUGUACAUAAGUUUAUGCUUUACAGCCUGUUUUGUGGUGAAUAAAAUAUUAUACCCUGAA